GCGGUGCGCUUUCCGUCUGUCUUAACCGGAAAGAAGAAGAAAAACUUUCUAGCAUGACCACUCUGUCACGGAACAUCGCGUGGACUUUAGCUAGGUUCAAACUGGGAUGCGGGAAGAAACCGUUUUUGUCUUCGUUCUUUUCCAGACACUGUUGUUCACACCGCAGUAAAGGAUCGCAGCAGCGCGCUGGAGCUGUCCUAAAGGGCUUUGUUUAUCCAGAAGCUGCUCUCAGCCGGUUUUCAUCACUUGGCUGCGUUUCAGCUGUUCAGUUGGACAGGAGAAUCAGCAUGUGUUCCAAGUCAAUGUCACACAGGAUGGUGUGGGUGGACCUGGAGAUGACAGGUUUAGAUGUUGAGAAGGACCAAAUCAUCGAAAUGGCCUGCAUCAUCACAGACUCUGAUCUGAACAUUAUAGCAGAGGGACCAUCCAUGAUCAUCAACCAACCAGACGAGCUUCUGGAUGGAAUGUCAGACUGGUGUAAAGAGCAUCAUGGAAAGUCAGGGCUGAUCCAGGCUGUCCAAAACAGUAAAAUGACCCUGGAACAAGCAGAGUAUGAAUUUCUGUCCUUUGUCAGGCAGCACACUCCACCUGGACAAUGCCCCCUUGCCGGCAACUCUGUGCAUGCAGACAAAAGGUUUCUGGACAAGUACAUGCCACAAUUCAUGUACCAUCUUCACUACAGAAUUAUUGAUGUCAGCACCAUCAAAGAGCUCUGCAGACGGUGGUUCCCAGAAGAAUUUAAGAUGGCACCUCAUAAGAGCGCAACCCACAGAGCCUUAGAUGACAUAAAGGAGAGUAUUAAGGAGCUGCAGUACUACAGAGCCUGCAUUUUCAAAGCACCAUCAGAGGAAAAGAAACACAAGAUUAUAGGAAAUAGUGGCAAUAAAAGGAGUUAGUUCAUGAAUGAGACUGUUGAAAUACUUUCAGUUUUAUUUUUGUUUUCUUGUUACAUUUCCCUCAAGAAGGGAUUUUUUUUUUUUAUUUAGUUUUUUUUUUUAUUUUAUCAGCAACACUUAGUACUACUGAAGUUUUGUUGGAGUGAAUAAAAUUCUAGAAAAGUUUCUUCAGAAAAAAAUUAUUUCAACAUAAAUAUAAUUUAGGCAGAAUCAUUCAGUAUUUUACUUUUUAUUUAAUUUGAAGAAACAGGCAUUCUGUAUCAUUGUUUCUAUAGAGUACAUUCAAGCUUUACAAGUGGUAUAUUACAAGCUAAGUUCAUGGUGAAAUUACCAAUCAAGUCCAGCGUUCCAGUAAUCAUCUAGAUUAUUCAGUAAGUUGGUUGGAGAGAUAAUGGCAACAUAAGCUUUAAAUGAAUGCAUUUUUCUUACAAGUCUCUGGAUUUGUACAUGUAAAUUGAGGGUUUUUCCAUUAGUUCCUGUUACUAUAUUGAGAAUAAGCCAAAGUGAUGUAUCUAAGCACCAUGUGGUUACGAUGGGUGUGGUUUCUGAGCUGGUGGUCACACAGAUAAAAACCUGAUGUGUUGUCAGCUGUCAAAAAGCAGACUGGUAGGCAAAAGCUUUCUGAUAUAUUGAAACAGCCUUUUGCCUGACAUUUUUGUGCAGUUUGCUUGUUAAUUGGGAUUUUCAUCUGAUGCAAACUUCCCCAGAUCAUUAAGAGAUCUCACAUGUAUUCACAUUUGCAAAACAGGGUGCGGCCUACCAAGUUGAUAACUUGCUUUUUGGUAUCACUGAUAAAAAAAAACAGGCUGUUGAUACGGCCUCAGCCCGUAUCAACAGGCUCAGGCGCCCUUUUGAUACUGGCGCCUCAGCACGGGAGGAACCACACAUGCUUGCAGAAACAAGAUGUCGCUCUGCUGCACCAUGUAACCUGUGAUGAAAUGAUUUGAUCUGAAUAACAACUUGAAUCCAUUUAUUGUUCUCCUGCAUGAGCAAGACUAACUCCUUUAACAAGGGAGAGGAGUAUCAUUCAUCAGCAGGCAAUAAAUCCACUUGUCAGUAACACGAGACAUUGACAUCAAGCUGGAAUAGAUGUUCCCUACAAGCAUUGACACACUGACAUGUUAUGCUGCUAGAUCUAACUGCUAUUAACUUCUGUUUCAAUAAAUUGAGGUGAAAAACAGUUA